CAAUUUCUUUUAUACCAAUGAAUUUUUUAAGUGAGUUGACUUUACUUUCUUAGCUUGAAAUCGUGUUGCCUCCCUAUUCAUAGUUUCAUUCUGUGUCUUGCUUGCUCUUCUUCCACAGAUUUUUAUGUCUGCCUUCUCUCUUAAUUACUGGGAAAUUCGGAAAUAUAUUCCAUUUGAAUAAUAAGGAUACAGAUACAAUCGACACACCUUGUGCUUCAAGAUUUUUCACCUAUACAUAGUUCGGAUCCGAAAAUAAAAAAUGAUUGAUAGUGUUGUUAACUUUGCACUGGACAACUUGUCACGGCUGCUUGUUAGUGAAGUGACUUUGCUUUCUAGCGUAAAAGAUCAAAUCAGGUCCCUAAAUGAUGAACUGAAGUUCAUGAACAUCUUUAUCAAGAGUUCUGAAGGAAAGCGUGAGGAUCCAUUUGUGAAAGAAGUGGUGAACCAAAUCAGAAAUGUAGCAUACCAAGCUGAAGAUGUAGUAGACACCUAUGUCGUCAAUGUCAACAAUCAAAGAAGCAGAAACAUGUUGGGGAAGUUCUUCCACAGCAAAGACCAUGUGAUGAUGUUCCAUGAGGUGAGUGAUCAGAUUAACAGCAUCAAAAGAAGGAUCGAUGAGAUUUAUCAAAACAAGUCUAAAUAUGGCAUCCAACAAGGUGAUUUUGAAAGUCAUAAUGGAAACAAAGAAUUUGCAAAAGACUCAUUGAUUGCGAAAAGGAGGAAUGUGGAAGAAGAGGAGGUAGUAGGCUUGGUGCAUGACUCUGAUGAGGUGAUUAACCACCUCGCCAGAAGAGGAGAUUCGAGUCGUAGAGUUGUUUGCAUAUUAGGCAUGGGUGGCUUGGGAAAGACCACUCUUGCUCGAAAGAUCUACAACAACAAGAAGAUCAAGAGCAUGUUCCCGUGUCAUGUGUGGGGUUUUGUGUCCAACCAUUACAGAGCACAAGAAUUACUACUGAGCCUUUUGAAGCUUUUGGGGUUAUCCUCAGAGGAGUAUAAAGAUUUAAAUGAUAAAGAGAAAAUGAAAAGAAAAGUCAGAGAAUGCAUGAGUGGAAAAAAAUACCUGGUAAUCCUAGACGACAUCUGGAAUAUUCAAGUGUGGGACGAGUUGCAAGAAGCCUUUCCUGAUGAAAACAAUGGUAGUAGAAUAUUGAUAACCACACGUAUUGAAGAUAUCUCUCAUUAUACAAGAGCAAUCUUCACUUACGAACUUCCAUUUCUUGACGAAAGUAAAAGUUGGGAAUUAUUCUGUAAAAAGGUGUUUGGUAAAGAAAAAUGUCCUCAUGAACUUGAACUUCCUGGAAAAGAAAUGGCUAAUGCUUGUAAAGGUUUGCCACUUGCCAUCAUUGUGUUAGCCGGUAUGGUUGCCAAAAAAGAGAGGUCACCAAGAGAAUGGCUUAAAAUCAAGAAUAAUGUUUCUUGGUAUCUUGUUCAGGAGGAAGAAUAUCGAAUUGUGACCAAUAUUCUGAAGCUUAGCUAUGAUGACCUUCCUCAAACAUUAAAGCCAUGCUUUCUUUAUUUGGGAGUGUAUCCUGAAGAUUAUGAAAUCAAUGUGAGAAGAUUGUGUCAACUGUGGAUAGCUGAAGGGUUCAUUCAGAAAAAAGAAGUUGGACCAUCAAAUUCACCAGAAGUAGAAGAUAUUGCUGACAUGUAUUUAGAUAAGCUGGUGGAACGGAGCUUGGUGCAAGUGGCAAGUAGGAGGACUGAUGGGGGUGUGAAGACAUGUCGAGUCCAUGAUCUUCUUCGUGACCUAUGCAUUUCAGAGAGUAGGGAAAAUAAAUUUAUGGAAGUGUGCACAAAUUUGGAUGCUAUCAAGUGUAAUUCUCGUAGGAUGUCUCUCCAGUAUAGAGGAGAACUGAGGCUAACCGAAGAUAACCAAUCAUCUGCACGCUCUCUGCUUCUGUUUGGUGAAAACACUUACUGGGAGAAUGAAUCAGAAGGGUGGAAACAGAUAAAGAAUGGCUUCAAGUUGGCUCGUGUAUUGGACAUGAACCAAGUGAGGCUAUGUUUAUCACCUCGUGGAUUGACGACAUUGAUCCAUCUAAGGUUUUUGAAAGUUACAGCAUCUUCUAGAACAAUUGGAGAUGAAGUUUUAGCUUCUAUAUGCAACCUUUGGAAUCUAGAAACGCUAUACUUAUGGAUUAAACACUCUAUUACUCUACCAAACAAAAUAUGGAAACUCAAGUCACUCAGGCAUGUGUAUUUAAACUGUGAUGAUAUAUUUAGAGAAUUGACUCAAAUAGAAUCAAUAAUGCAGAGGAUGAAAAUGGAAGAAGCGACGAAGAUAUUUAAAGGAUGGUCUGGAGGAGCAUCAAUGUCGAAGAUGAAAAUUGGAGAAACAAAGGUGGAGAAUCUUCAAACACUGCAUAACAUCUGUCUUAAUGCAAGAACAGCAAGCGUCCUAAAAAAGGGCAUGUUCCCCAACUUGACAAAAUUAACUUUGCGUGGAGAGGUGACAGAGCUGCCAGAGGCACCAGAAAAAGAAUUCUUAGAGAACAGUUUGCAGUGCCUAAACAAACUCCGAACGCUAAAGCUACUUGGCAUCGCGAUACUUCCAUUAGAUCGGAAUGCGUAUCCUACAAGUCUUACCAAGAUUACCAUAUCCUUUGGUCAACUGGAUGCAAGAAUAAUAAAGACCCUGGGACAGCUUGCCAACCUGCAAAUCUUGAAACUCGGUGGCAGAGGCAUAUAUGGCGAUGUUGAUUGCGUAGCUGGUGACUUCCCACAGCUUCGAGUACUACAGUGUGGGGCUGACAUGGUAGAUGGCAGGUGGAAAGUAGAAAAAGGAGCAAUGCCUCAGAUUCGAUAUUGCAACAUUCCUCACAUCCGUGACUAAGAGUGAUGAGGUUAUAUUCAUCAUCAACAUUCGACCUUUGUUUUUCUGUAUGUCUUGAUUACCGUUUAAUAUCUUUCCUUGGAUAUGUAGUUUUAUUACGAUGUUGUUGCUUUAAUGUUUAUGUGUGUAGUACUACUAAUGUUAUUGCUUGGACACUUCGCUGAGUUAUCGUGUCCGCGUGUCGGACACAUUUCGAACACGACACU